AUGGUCCGAUCCCUUUCAGAAGUUCGGAACAACAGCUCACCAAGACAGGCGGAACUUUUGGUCAAAGAUGAUCUGAUCCACUUCAUCAUUGGACUGGCUCACAAGUUCAUCGGGGAUGAAAGGGCUUUUGGAACUGCGAACUAUCAUGGAUAUGAUAAACUCGGACAGUCCUUCACUCCUUCAACUCCAUUCCCACGGAAUACUUCCAGCUCCCUUCCGUCAUAUCUCAAUGUUGGUUACAUUGUUGGAGCUGAAAUUGAGCCACAUUAUCUCAGCCUCAGAGACCCAACCGGAAGGCAAGGGCUUAGAACGGAUCGUUAUGUUGACUGGCAAGUGGGACACAAUAUCGCCAACGCCUCUUCUAUGCUUCAAGGAACGGCUAUUCAUUAG